AUUUGGAUAUCAAAACAUCAGGGACUGGCUGUGUGAAGAUUCAGAAAAUAGAGUGUGAUAACUGCAAGAUAGAAACGGAGAAGGGAACUAGUGUCUUGCAGUCAAUAAAGAGCCAUAAAAUUGAUAUACAGACAAAUGGUGGCAAAGUAAUUGGUAUUGGAACACUUUAUGGAAAUACAGAUAUUCGUGCAACAGAGAAGGGGAGUGUGAAUAUAGAGAAGCUACAGGGGACAACCAUCAACAUAUCUACUGAGGAUGGGCUGCUGAAAACCAAGUAUCUCUAUGCAGAAUCAGCAUCUCUCUCUUCAGUAGCCGGUGAUAUUAUGCUGGGAAGUGUUCAUGGUAACACCAGCCUUCAGACCAAAACAGGGAGCAUCACAGUAGAUUCAUCAGAUGGAAGUCUAAAAGCUUCUACAUAUCAUGGCACAAUAGAUGUUUAUGUCAGUCAGUUAAGAAAAGUGGAUCUGAAAUCUCAGAAAGGUUCAAUUACAGUCAAGGUACCUGCCUCUCUCAAAGCCUAUUUGGAGCUGUCUGGAAGAAAAGUGGAUGUGAGCUCAGAGAUCCAGUUAAAAGAAACACAGAGUGACUCCAAAGACGAUCACGUAACUCUAAGUGGUCACAUGAAUCAAAAGGAUGAAAGAGACAAAUGGAUUAAGGCUGACACACAAAAUGGGAAAGUGUAUCUUAAAAGUCAAAGCUGGAUCCAGUCUGUCAAGCUGAAGGGUUCUUAAAGGUGAAAUAAACCAAAGAGGUUAUAAUGAGAAAUUGUAAAGGAACAUUUCUGUAAAAUUAUGAAACUUUGAUGUAUAUUCUUAAUAUAAGAGAGAAACAAUAUUAAAAAUGAGAAUGUUUUAAUCC